AUGGGUAAUUGUACAAAUUGUGUUCAACAACAACAACAACAACAUGAAUCACAGCAACAUCAUUCUCAUCCAAGAACAAGUUUAACAUCAUCAUCAUCAUUUGAUAAUGUUUCACGUUCAUAUCAUCGAAAUUUAUUACCAAAUCGUUUUCGAACAAUUCGUUCAUUUCAACCAUAUAAUUUAAAUGCACUUAUUGAUGAAACACUUUCAAUAAUUCGUACUGUUAUUGAUGCAGAUCAAGAUCCACCACAUGCCAUGUUAGUUGUAUCACGUAUUGCUAAUCGAGAAGAUCGAUGGUUAGAAGUUAUGAUAACAUUAAUUGAACGUAUACCAAUUAAUGAUCCAUUAGGUGCAACUGUUAUUGCAUUAUUACUUGAUGAAUGUUCAUUACCAUCAAAAGAAUUACUACAACAAUUAAUAAAACGUGUUUGUUCAGAUAAUCGUUCAAAAAUAAAAUUACUUCAAUCAAUUCUUGAUGAAUAUAUUAAAGAAAACAGUAAACAUAUACAAAAACGAACAAUAAAUUCAGUAACUGAAAUACAUGAUAAUGAAGUUAAUAUAAAUGAUGUAACACUGAUUAUAAAUGGAACUACGAGUGAACAACAACAACAACAACAAGAAAAGUAAAUGAGUAUACUUUAAAUAGUGAUCUAUUGAAAAAAAACUAACUGACCAAAUAUAUCUUAUAAUGAAUCAGAUAAAAUAACAAAAUUCUUUUUCUUUUCCAGGUCUAGCAAAGCAUCAUCAUUACCAACUUUUCGUUCGUCAAAACG